UCUGUGUCGUUAAACAUCACAGUGGAAACUUUCAUUUGCAUUUACGCAGUGAUAUCAGAAUUUUGUACAGGUGAACUGUAAAGCACUGUAUUUCAUCCACUAAUAUGGCGCAACGGGAUUGAUUUGUAAGCAACUCACAAAUUGUUACAGCGGUGGAAUUUAUGCAAUGCAUGUGGUAAUGGAGGAAUCCAAGAUUGGCUCAGAGGAAACAAAUGACACCCUAGUUGUGUUGGAAUUCUCACCAAAGGCUCCAUCAGAGACUAAAGAUUGGCUGACUGCACUUAUAAAAGCUCCAGUCAGCAGUGGAGGUGCAGGACUCCAGGCAAAACUGGUUCCAAACUCAUUGAAGGGCAGUGACACCCUGCAUAUUUCUGCCAACACCAAACGUCUCCUUGUGGGAGCUGAGAAGCUCAAAAUUAAGCGAUGUCUCAAGAAUGGAGCACCUGUGGAUUUCUGCAUGGAAUUGUCCCAUGAGUUUAAGGACUUUAAUGAUGAUGGUGAAGGGUUUUUGACCGAAAGUGAAAGUGAACAAAUUGUGUUUUUGGCACUAGAACGUAUAAAGCCUUAUGAAGAUGGGACUGUUCCUGGUUAUCCUGAGGUUAAACUUCAAAAACACAGGGCAACCAUUCCAAAGUGUUUAUCCAGUGGAAUUAUAACCCAAAUAUUUCCUCUGCAUGACAAAGAUAAACUCAAGGCCUUGGAGCACAAGUGGAUAUUUAGCCUUUCAAGGAAGCAACCUUUGGAUGAUAUAAGAGAGUACUUUGGAGACACAAUAGCAUUGUAUUUUGGUUUCUUGGGUUUCUACUCAUUAUCUCUUGUUCCUCCCGUUCUACUGGUUCUUGUCUUCGGACUGUCUGGUGCCCAUGAGCAGACAAAGAAUACUGUAUUUGCCAUUCUCAACCUCUUAUGGGGCACGGUGUUCUUAGAGGUGUGGAAACGCCGCUGUUCUGAGAUUUCGUUCAAUUGGGGCACGCUCAGAGCAGGCAUAGGAAUAGAGGAAGUUGAGGAGCCACGUCCAACUUACUGGGGCGAGAAGCGUAUAAGCCCCAUAACAGGACAACAAGAGUACUACUACCCACCAUGGAUGAGAAAAGUCAAAACAUACUGUAUCUCUUAUCCCAUUGUCAUUCUGUGCAUGAAACUUGCUACAGUGGUCGUGCUUUUGUACUUCCGCUUCCUUCACGCAGUCGAGAGCCAGUAUGCAAAUGUUGGAGGGAUUGUUGCAACUGUUAUGCUGAUAUUGCCAAGUAUUUUUUUUGCUGUGAUGAUUGCCGUGUCCAAUAACCUGUACCGCAAACUGGCAACAUUCUUAAAUGAAUGGGAGAAUCAUCGCUUGGAAUCAGCUUACCAAAACCACCUCAUUGUCAAACUGGUUCUGUUUUACUUUGUGAACUGUUUCUACUCACUGUUCUAUAUCGCAUUCUACCUUCAAGAUAUCGAUUUGUUGCGAAGGCAUCUUGGUGCUCUGAUGAUCACAUCGCAGUUGAUUGGACAAGUGACAGAAUCCCUUAUUCCUUUUAUUAUGUACAAAAGUCGCGUCACCAAAGUCUCCAAGGAAGGAAAAAAGAUUGUGAUGAAGACCGCUGACUUGUCAAAUGAGAUUGAACGACAAGCGACCCAGGAACAGUAUUUGGGUACUUUCGAUGAUUAUUUGGAGCUGUUCCUUCAGUUUGGUUACACGUUUCUGUUUUCGUCCGCCUAUCCUAUGGCCGCCUUCUGGGCUUUGCUCAAUAACGUGAUAGAAAUACGAACCGACGCCUUCAAGCUUUGCCGUAUCUUUCAAAGACCCUUUGCAAAACAAGCCAACUCCAUUGGCGCUUGGCAGGCGGCGUUCGAGGCACUUGGUGUCAUAGCUGUCAUAACAAACUGUGCUUUGAUUGGCAUGGCAGCCAAGAGUUCUCAUUGGCUCCCAGACAUGACACCUGUCAAUGCUGUUCUCUUGUUUGUUGCCAUUGAGCACUUUCUCCUGGGAGUGAAGUUCAUUGUAUCACACGUUAUCCCAGAUGUACCGCAGUGGGUACAGGAUGAAAUGGCCCGGCAGCAGUACAAAGCUCAACUCGCGCUCAGGUCUCAGGGUGAUGACUUAGAAGGCCGCAGGAGUGCAUGGAAGGAAACGACGCUAUAACUUCAGCAAGUUACACUGAGAACAUUUUCUAGGCAGUUAGCAGUAAGCAGAGGAUUUUUACCAGUUUUAAACCAAGAAGCUAGAACUUAGAAACUCUGGGUAAUUGAAAAUGUUGUAAUGACAAGAAAUGCAAAAGAAGUGUCUUUCUUAAAACUGAGCUGUUGGGGCAGCUGUUACUUACUUCUCUUUUGCAUAAUCGUCAGUUACCAUUUUUUUCCUCGACCUUUUUUAUACCUUGACUCAUGAGGUCCCCUGUUUGUCAUCAGUGCACUUUUAGCUUGAAAAUAGCGUCCCUUUCAGGAACACCCCCUCCUCCCGCCUUAGGAAGCAGCAAAUAUGUUGGAGUAAAAUUUAUGCUGCCUUUAAAGUCAGUAAUUCCUGACUUCUCUCUGGGAAUGUCGUUUUCAGUUGAAAUGGCAUAUUUUGUGAGGUUGGUACUUUAAAUUUACGAAGCAAAGUUGAACGAGAAUGGGGAAUUAGUAAAGAUGUAAAAACUUCGUUGCAUGACCAACACUGUGUUUCAUGACGGCUUAAUAAAUCAAAGGAAAUCGACUGUUUGAAAA